AUGUCCAAGAUAAACUAUGGUAUUUCAAGGACAUAAUUGAUUUUUGAUAGAUAGGCGCUGUGAUUACGAUUGCAUUGAUCGGGUAACAGGCUCUGUGUUUGCAACCUCAUAAACCCUCAUCAGCUACCCAUCCAACUCUAUAUAACUACCAAACCCUAAUUAGAAAAAUAUAAUCAAAUUAAUUUAGUUAUCAUUGUGGAAUAAUAAUAAUAAUAAUUAUAAUGAGGAACGCAUCAUCAUCAGUAUCAGAACUCAACGAUGGAAUCAUCCGCAAUAUGUCAAUCGCUGCUCUUUUUUCUGAUUUUGUUGGGAAGAUUAAUGCGCUUGAUUUUCAUCGUACUGCAGAUCUGUUGGUAACAACAGGGGAGGAUGAUUCUGUGCGGCUAUAUGACAUAGCAAACGGCAAGCUACUGAAAACUACACAUCAUAAGAAACAUGGUGCUGAUCGUAUAUGUUUCUCUCACCACCCUAGUUCUGUCAUAUGCUCUUCAACACGCAAUUUGGAUUCAGGUGCAGAGUCUCUGCGUUAUCUAUCUAUGUAUGACAAUCGUUGCCUUCGCUACUUUAAGGGGCAUACAGAAAGGGUUGUGUCCCUCUGUACGUCUCCAGUUGAUGACAGCUUCAUGUCUGGCUCUCUAGAUCACUCUGUCAGGAUAUGGGAUCUUCGUGUGAAUGCCUGCCAGGGCAUCUUACGUCUGCGAGGUAGGCCUACAGUUGCUUAUGACCAACAAGGCCUUGUCUUUGCGGUAUCAAUGGAAGGUGGUGCUAUCAAAUUGUUUGAUUCACGGUCAUAUGAUAAGGGCCCAUUUGACACUUUCCUGGUGGGAGGAGAUAUGGCUGAGGUGUGGGAUAUAAAAUUCAGCAAUGAUGGUAAAUCAAUGCUUCUGACCACCAAGAGUAACAACAUAUAUGUCUUAGAUGCAUACAAUGGCGAGAAGAGAUGCGGAUUUAGUGUGGAUGCUUCUCCAAACACAACAAUUGAGGCCACAUUUACCCCUGAUGGCCAAUAUGUGGUUUCAGGAUCUGGAGAUGGAACAUUGAAUGCAUGGAGCAUCCCCGCCAGAAGCAAGGUCGCGAGUUGGGACAGCAACAUAGGUGUUGCGUCAUGCUUGAAAUGGGCACCUCGUCGUGUAAUGUUUGCUGCUGCUUCUAAGGGAGUCCUCACUUUCUGGAUACCCAAAGGCACGAAUUCAGCUGUUGCCAGUUUUGACUACUCCAAAGAGAAAUUUUGACUACUCCAAAUAGAAAUUUUGAGCAACUACUUUUUAUUUGUUGUUACCCUGAUUACCCACUUCACAAUUUUAAACUGCAUUUCACCGCCUCGCCAGGAUCAUCAUGCCAGAGCAGCACUGAACCAGAACUGGGAGUCUGAACAUAUGGAAAUCCAGGUCCUACCAUAUAUUACUGGUCUAGUUGCAAAACUGGGCAGUGAACCAGACUUGAGUAUUGGGCUAGUGGUUCAGUCCCCAAUCAAGUACGAGUAUAUGUUUUUCUAUUCUGAUUGGUAUGGUUUGUUGGUUUUUGUGUUCCAUACUAGGUGUUACCAACUAUUAACCAUUUGUGUUGUCAUCUUGUAUGUAUAUUCAGUAUCAUGUUUAACAAUUUUCAAUCGGAUAAGUAAGAUGGUUUAUUAUCA